AUGCUGCAUUUCAAAAAUCCGUUCUGGCAGUCGAUCGUAAAUCAGCUCCGAGCUCCAAAUCCCGACGAUCCGCUCAACGAGUGCUAUCACGAUGGAUUCGACAAGCUUGUGGACCGGGCUGACGACCUCUUGAGCCUGGCAAACAAGAAUUUACACACUUUUCCGUUCAAAGAUGUCAAACCCUGUUGGUUCAGGCUAUACACCGAUGCCAGCAUUUCGAAAGCUCUUAAACUGAUCAAGGAGGAAUGGUUCUUGGACGAACCCUCCUUGUUGUCGGAGUCAGAACAAGUCCAGCUCGAUGAGAUUGUUUCUCUCCUGGAUAUGUCAUUGAUUAUGGCUGGUGGGCUCGGUAGAGAAGACAUGAUUCAUAAAAUGUUGGAAAAGCUAGCAUGUAUUGCAAAAGGUGACGAGACUGUGAAGCGACCGUCAAAGAAACGACGUGUCAGGGUCUCUGAUGUGAAUGGCAUGCCCACGGUUGUCGAGUCGCUCCCUGACCAUGACGUCUCAGUUCCCGUGCCUCGUUUCCCGGUGUCACGAAUGCAUCGACCCUCUAUGACGGAGUUUUCCAGAUUCAUGCGUGAUGAGAAAUCUCCAGUUCUGUUGACAGGAAUCCUAGAUCACUGGCCAGCACUUGAAAGCUGGAAACAAACCUCAUUCUGGCUCGAACAAACCAUAGGAGGACGACGCCUUGUCCCUAUUGAAAUUGGGCGCAGCUAUACAGACGACGAUUGGGGCCAGAAAAUUGUGCCCUUCCGGGAAUUCCUGAGCCGGUAUAUCUUGCCACGCUCCGUCAGUGGUGAAGGAUGUGAAGAUAUAAAAACUGGCUACCUUGCGCAGCAUGACCUGUUUCGGCAAAUACCCUCUCUGCGUAAGGAUAUAGCAACCCCGGAUUAUUGUUAUCUUGACGCUCCGCCGGCCGAACCGGGCACUCCAGUUUAUCUGAGCAAACUCAAAAAGGACACAGGCAAAAACACCAGUCACCCAACUACGCUUCCCUCCCUCUCUUGUAGCGGCGAGAAGGGUCAUGACGGCACUCCUAAUGAGGCAGAAGGCGACGCAGAAGUCCACACAAAUAUAUGGUUCGGACCGCCCUGGACUAUAUCUCCGCUUCACCAUGAUCCUUAUCACAAUAUCUUGUGCCAGGUCGUAGGCAAAAAGUAUAUCAGACUGUACUCACCGAAUCAUAGCAAGGCUCUAUACCCUAAGAGCGAAGGCGAACCUGCUCCGCAUACCCUUGAAAAAUCAAACGCAGAUGCUCAGGUGGACGUCACCCAGAACAAUCCAGGCCCUGACACCAUCGACAUGUCCAACACUUCGCAAAUCGAUGUUGCUGCCAUGGAAAUGUCUCCUCACGAAGAUUGGGACGAUGUAUACCCCGGAAUCAGCAAAGUUCCCUACAAGGAAUGUGUCCUGGAAGCCGGUCAAGCACUUUACAUACCAAUUGGCUGGUGGCACUAUGUGCGAAGCUGCUCCGUUGGUAUCAGCGUCAGCUUUUGGUGGUGA